UCAUUCUCAAUUAAAUGCGCUGAAGUUAACUUGCUCUGUUUUUGUUCAAUUCAUCAAGUUAAUUCAAUUUUCAGAUGAUGGCGGAUACUUAUGUAAAUGGAUCGGCUAAAAUCAUCAAAAUAGGCAGUCGAGAUAGCGAAUUGGCCAAACUUCAAUCGAAUAUUGUAAUUGAUCAACUUCGAAAACACGAUGUCUCAAGUAAGUUCAAGUUCGAUCUGGUUACCAUGAAAACCAUUGGCGACCAAAUAUUAGACAAACCUCUAGCGAAAACUGGCGAGAAGAACUUAUUCACUCGGGAACUUGAGUCGGCUUUACACGAAGGGACAAUUGAUAUGAUAGUUCACAGCUUGAAAGACUUGACAACAUCAUUGGAAGAAUAUUUCGAAAUUGGAGCAGUUAUGAAACGAGAAAGCCCUAACGAUGCUGUAGUUUUAAGAAAGUCAUUAACUAUUAGUACUGAAAGUGAUUAUAAAAGUCUAAAUGAUUUUCCGGACGGUUUCAGAAUUGGAACUAGCUCAUUAAGACGAACAGCUCAACUUAGCAGAAAAUACCCGAAUUUGUUGUUUUCUUCCAUUCGAGGAAACUUGAAUACUAGGUUGAGAAAACUAGACCAGGGGGAUUUAUACGAUGCAAUUAUUUUGGCCGAAGCCGGCUUGGACCGACUUGGUUGGAAGCCGAGAGUUUCUUUCGUUUUGGAUCCAAAAAUUGACGAUUCGUGUUUAUACGCAGUUGGACAAGGUGCACUAGCGAUCGAAAUUCGAAAAGACGACGAAAAUAUUGCGAGUAUUAUUAGAUGUUUGAAUCACAGAGAAACGGUUUUGCGCUGUUUAGCAGAAAGAUCGUUUCUAAGAUUGCUUGACGGGGGCUGUAGCACGCCUAUAGGUGUUACAAGCUCUAUAGAAGAAGUUUUGACUGAAAAUUCAAUAGAAAAUAGUUGGAAAAUGUCCUUAACUGGUCGCGUUUUGAGUUUAAACGGUGAACAAAUCAUUGAAUCACGUCGAGAUUGUAAUUAUUUGAAACACGAAAUAACCUCAAAAGGUCACAACAUUACAAGCUCAGGAGACGAAAUCGAUCACAAGACAGCAAAACUUGAAUUUGAAUUGACUGGAUUUCAUAAACUGUUAAUUGAUGAUUUGAAUUCACUGAUGGAAGCUAGUUUGCUUGGCCAAAGUUUAGCUGAUGAUUUGCUUGCCCAAGGUGCUAAAAAGUUAUUGGAUGAUUGCAAAGAAACGAUACGAAAUGAGGUUUUGAAUGGGAAAAUGAACCCUCAGCAAACACAAAAUACUAAACAUAAUAAAUUAAAAAGUGAAAAUGCGACCUGAAAUUGAUUGUAUCACUUAGCAGAGUUGUUAAAAAAGUAAUAAAAAAUUUCUUUCUAGUUUUC